AUGUUUUCCGCUGUGAUGAUUUGCAUGCCCGCCGCAAUCCCGCGCUUCUCCGGCCUGCCUGCACGCCUGGAUCAACAGACGGCUAGAGUAUCCACCUUAGUGGAGGGCUUUACGCGUCGGAUCUUGUCGGCGGCGACACAGGAGCUCCUGGGGGAGCGAGGCGCAGUGCAGCUGCUGCUGGAGGCACUGCCCGGCUUCCUUGCUGAUGUCCAGGAACAGCAGCAACAACAGGCAGGGAUGGCUGGGGCUGCGGUGUCGGGUUCGAGCCCAGCGGCACCGUCGACUGCACCCGAGCAACAACCAACACAACAACAACAGCUGCAGCAGCAGCAGCCGCAACAGCGGAUUGGAUCGGACGAGGGAUCCCAAGUCGUGGCGGACAUUUUCCGGGCGCUUCACUACACAUGCCUGCUUAACCCCCUGAACACCUCCCGGCUUCUGGCGGACGGUGGCUAUAAGCUCAUAUUGCAAGGUCUGUCCGUCAUGAGCCUGGAGCUCAACGUGCAGGAGCACGGCGCGAUGCUGUUGUCGGAGAUGGCCUGCAGCCCCGGAGUACCCGGGCGGGACGUAUUGGAGAGCAUCGUCAUGGUCGCCAACAUUGCGCGGCUUCAGCUGCAGGACAAGUACAUUGAGGUUGCCCGGGCAGCGGUUUGGAGCCUGGGCCGCAUGGCCAGCCACAUCCUGUCGCAGACUCGCCGCACAGGGUCAAGGGAUGCUACAGGUUCGGGUGGUUCUCCUGCUGCUGCUACUGCUGCUGCUGCUGCUUCGGGGGAGGAGGAGCGCGACGUGGCCUUGGCGCAGGCGUGGCCGCUGCUGAGUGAUCCGGUGCUGCGAGUGGUGGUGUCGAUGCUGCAGAGCUGCCACCUGCAGCUGGCGACGGCGCGCCAGGCGGAAAUCCUGGACCAAGUUGUUCGCAUCACGGCGGCUGCGCGGCAAACCCUGGAGCAGCAUCAGGCGCAGCAGCUGCAACAGCAGCAGCAGCACCACCACCAUCAUCAUCACCACCCACAGCAGGCCCACCACGCGGCACAGCAGGCACAACAACAGGUCUACGCGUCUAAAGACCUCUUUAUCGUCAAUGUCUACGCGUUGACCGUCGCUGGCGCGCUGAUAGAGCAACCCGUGGGUGGCAGCAAUGGCGGCGCUGCCGCCGCCGCCGCCGCUUCUUCCUACCCGCCGCACGUGCUGACCUGCCUGGCGGGUCUCGUUCGGCACCUGUCGGAGGGCGGCGGCGCCGGCGCAGGCGAAUCGAUCAGCUUUGAGGAGGCGCCGAAUGGCGGCUCCUUGGCGGCGGCGCCGGUAUGGUACCUCUCCGUGGGCUGCUGCCGCUACGCCUGCCACUGCUGCUUUAUCCACGACCUGGUGCGGGGGGCGGAUGUACUGGCGGCGUGUCGUGCAGCUGCGCGGCUGCUGUCAUGGUGCAGCGGCAGUCCCGAUGGCGUCAACGCCACAGACCGGGAGGGCUGCGGCGCGUUGCACUUCCUUGCGGCCGCAGGUGUGUCGCCGCUGCUAGCGGCUUUCAUCGAGGCUGCAGGACCGGGGCUCGACUUUCUCCGCCGCACGCGUGCGGGGCUCAACGCGUUGCAGCUGGCGCGGGCACGUAAGCACGCUGCGGCUGUGCAGAUUCUAGAGGUUUCUACGGAGUCUGCGGCCAAGGCGGCUCAGGACGCUUUGCUGAAAGAGCUGGAGGCGGAGGGCGCAAGCGAUGCGUCACACGGCACGGGUGGGAAUGGGACCGGGGCCUCCAAACGAGCGGGCGGUCUGGGUUCCGGAGCCUCUUCGGGAUCCAGCCGGCAAAAUAAGACCACCUCCUCUGGUGGUGGCGGAGGCGGUGGUGGCGGGCAAGGCGACUCGCAUUCCCAGCAUGGAACGACCCACGGAUCCAGCUCAUCCCCUCCCGUCGGCAGCUCCCACCACAAUGCAGCCGAGAGUGAGGAGGCUCGACGUCUGAGGGAGGAGCUCGAGAGGAAGCGCAGGGCUGCUGAGGAAGAGUACGAGGCGGCUUUGGAGCAGCGGAGACGUCAGCUAGAGGAGGAGGCCCGGCAGCAGGCGGCCGAGGAGGCCCGACUGAUUGCGCUGGCCCAGGCGGAGAGCCUGCGCAUGGCCACGACGCCGACGCCAGUUGAGCCGCCGGCUGCGGAGCCGGCCAAGCACGAACCAGACCAGCUUCAGCAGCCGCAACAUGGGGGCCGGUUAUCUCCGGCCGACGAGCAGCAGUCGCAGUCGCAGUCGCAUCGGUCAUCGCGGUCGUCGUCGGUUGGAGGGUCAGCUGCGGCAGCGGUGGCGGCGCAAGCGGCGGCGACGGCGGGUUUGCUUGUAGGAGAGCCCGGCGGCGAUGGCGUCGGCCAGGUCGAGCAGCCAUCGCUGAAAGCCGCGUUCGCAGUGGAGCACCACCAGCAUAUGCUUGGUCCGCUGAACCCUAUAGACGAGAGCGGCGGCAGCGCCGGAGCGAAUUGUCAGCGUUCACCUCUCUCGUCCAUGGACGAGCAAAUCACGAUGCUACGCGGCAGUGCGGGUCCUGGCUCGGUGCUGGGCAUGCGGCGGGUCGUUUCCAAGGGCUCCUUCCUGUCCGAUGAUUUGAACCUUACCAGUAGUGUCGGCGUCGGCGUCGGAGUUGGUGUUGGCGGGCCGGCCGCCGCCGCCGCCGGCCUCGUCCCCAUGGCGGCAGGUCCCGGUACCAGCGGCAACAGUGCGGGGGCCCUCGGCGGUCUCAGUGGAUUGUCGAUGUCUUUUACCUCUGGAGCCGGCGGCGAUGCCGCUGGCGCUGCCGCCGCCACCGCAGCUGGCGGCGGCUUUGGGGGCUUUCGCGGAUCGUCUUUCAGCAACUUGCUCAACGUCGGCGGACCCAUGGGUCUCUCGACCUCCUCAGCUUUGGAGGCGCCUCCCGGUCUGCUAGUCGGGCCUGGAGGUUUCAUGAGCGCGCCGCCGCCACCACAGCCGCCACCCGGUUUGCUGGCUGCGGCGACUUCGUCGCCGCCACAGCCUGUUGAUAUGGUGGUCGCUGCGCAGCCGCCGCCAGCCGCAGCAGGCCUCCUAUCCUUUGGUGUUUUCGGAGCGCCGGGACUCGCUGCGACAGGCAAGGACCCACGGGGAAUCACUGGAGGUGCAGGCACCCCAGGCGGCGCUGGUGACGGCAGCAUCUGCUCUGACAGCCUGGCGGGCUCCAUCGACGGCACGCCGAUGCCGCCGGGGCCCUCCCCGGCAGGCUCCCUGGCAAGCGGCUGGCAUGGCGGCGGCGGCAGCACCUCCAUGUAUAACCCUGGGCCAGCUGCCUUCAUCAGCAACACGCUAGGCAGCGCGGGAUCAGCGGCGGCGGCGCCGCCGCCAGGCCUCCACCGCGGCGGGCCGAGCAGCAGCUACCUAUCGCUCCAGGGCGCGCCGACGGCGCCGACGCCGACGGCAGGCCUCGCCCUGUCCCCUUCGGCAGCGGCGGGAAUUCCGGAGCCUUGGGUGCUGGGUGGCGCCGCCGCCACGGCUGGGGCCUCGCAACUAGCUCCCAUCGGCGGAGGUGUGCUCCAUGGAAGCCACGCUGACUUGCACAGCCUGGCGCCUGCCGGGUCGUUGGAGGCUCGCGCAAGGUUGAUGCCCAACAGCGGCUUUGGAGGGGCCUCGGCCGGAGGAGGAGGUGGAAUGGGGCAUGGUGGCCUGAGCGAUCGCGGCGUGGGGCCGCUCCACGACGUGCUGGCGGGCGCGGGCGGCGGGGAGACGUGGGACCUCGCGGAGGAAAUGACCCGUGGGCCAUCUCGUCAGCUGUGGCUGGGCAACGUGCAACCUGGGCUGCCGUCUGGACAUCUGCAGGCUUUAUGCCAGCAGUUCGGCCCGGUUCAGGACGUCAUGGUGGCGCCUGGCACCCUGUCAGCCGUCGUUCUCUUCAUGCGCGCUGAGGACGCGUCACGAGCAGCGCACGCGCUGCACGGUCGCGAAAUUCCGCACAUGUCGUACGAGGACAAACCUAUUAUCGUACGGUACUGCGGAACGGGUACUGCUCCCGCAAUGCAGCUAGGCAGUGGCGGCGCCGCCGCCGACACGGGGUUUCCGGGAAGCAGCCCGCCAUCUCGGGUAGGCAGCGCUAUCGGCACCGCCGGUACCACGGAUAGCUUUGGCCUGCUGGGACUUGGUUUGCCGGCGGGGGUUGAGGCUGCGCUGGUGGCGGCGGGAUUCGGUCCAAAUGCGCUAGCGGCGGCGAUGCAGGGCCUUCUACCCCUGGAGCAGCAGCAGGCGCUCCAUGCGGUGCUGCUGCAGGCCUCGGGAGCAGCUGCGGGAUCCCCGACGGCGCCGCCGCCGCCGCCGCCGCUGCAGCAGCAGCAUGCCCUUCUGCAGUCACAAGGGUCGGCACAUAGCCUACGUUCUGGUGGCAGCGGCUUCGGUGGUCUUGAGCAGAUGUCGCACGCGCACGGCAGCAUGGGGCACCUGGGUGGUGCUGCCGGCGGCGGCGGCGGUAGCGUUAGCGACUUUGCUGCCCUGCAUGCCGCCGCCAUGGCGCCGGCGGCAGCGGUUCCUGGUGACCAACAGCCUUCGCAACAGGCACAGCUUCAGCAGCACCCGGCCGUCGCUGGUGGGGGAGGGCCUGGCGGCAGCGAGUUGUACCGCACUUCGGAAGACGCUGACGGCGCCGGCGCCGGCAGCAGCGCCGCUGGCGGCGGGUCCGUCAGUGGCGGCGGAGCUGCCGCCACAGCAGUCGCCGCCGGGGGCAGCACUGGCGGCGGUGUGAGCACCAGCGGUGAGGUGGAGGCUGGUGGCGUAGAUGGCGACGGGGCGGCGGAUGUGCCGGAGGGCAAGCCUAGCCGUCAUCUGUGGCUGGGUAAUAUCCCGCUCAAGCCCAAUAAGCUCGCCAUGGAGCUCCUGUUUGCGCGCUUCGGGCCCUUGGAGUCCCAUGCCGUCGCCGCCAAGAUGGCGCUCGACGGACAGCCGGCGCCCUCCGUCACCGGCAGCAAGCCCAUGGUGAUCCGCUACCAGAAGGACACCUCCACGGUGCCCGCCAACCUGGGCAUGGCGGGCGGGAAGUCCAUGAGCCGGUCUAGCUCGACCCAGAACCUGACAGGGCUCACGGCGGCCGCGUCCCUGGCUCGUCUGCUGGACGACGAUCUGCCCCCCGAGCCUGCUGUCAAUCUUUCCAACAAGCUCAACCCGAACAACAUCCACUACGACCGAGAGCUCGCCGCGAGGUACAAGCGAAUGAGUAAGGCGGAGAAGGAGGCACUAUGGGCACAAGACCGGGCCAUGCAAGCGCUCGGCGCGAAUGCAGCCGCGGCAGCCGCCGCCGUCAAUGCCGGUGCCGCUGGUAUUGCGGGUCUUCUGGAUCCCAACGCCGCUGCUGCCCGGCUGCUUGCUCAGGCCGGGCUUGGGAACCUGGCUGCCGGGCUCGGCGGCGCGGCCGGUAGCGACUUCCUGAUGCCGCGUGUCAUGUCGGCGAGUGCGUUGGACUAUUUGGCGGCGAACAGCGGCGGCGGGGGUGGAGGCGGCGGCGGAGGCGCUGCAGCCGCUGCGGCCGCAGGCGGGGGUGGCGGCGGCCACGGGGGCCUUUUCCGUGUGAAUACAACUCAGAGCCUGCUUGGAAUGCAGCAAGCUGCGAAUGCGGCAAUGUUGCUACCACAGGUAGGGGGUGGACUUCAAGGCCUUCUGGGGCAGCAUGGCGCUGCAGCGGCGGCAGCGGCGGCGGCCGCCGCCGCCGGGCUCGACGGCGCUGCCGCGGCACAGGCGCUGCAGCAGCAGCUCCAAGUUGCACAGCAGCAGGCGGUUCUACAGCAGCAGCUGCAGCAGCAGGCCGCUCUGCAGCAGCAGCUGCAACAGCUGGCGGCGGCUGGGGCUGGCAGCAGUAGCCAGGCUUUGCUAAAUAAUCUGGCGAUGAACCAGGCUCUUGCAAGCCUGGGGCUGAGUCAGGGGGGGCCGAGUGCUGUGGCAGCAGCGGCGCCGCCACCGUCGUCGGCGCAAGGUGCCUCUUCUGCAUUGCGUGGCGCCACCGCGGGCGCGAGUGCCGCCAGCGGCGGACUGGACUGGGCGUCCAUGCAGGCCGCCCUCGCAAACCUCGGCCUAGGCGCCUCUGCGGGUGGCCUGGCGGGCCUCCACAACGCCGCGAAACGUGUGUCCCUGCCGCACACCGGGCACGGUCGCCCUCUCACAAGCGUCGGAUCUCAGUCAAGCCUCAACGCCAACCUUGCCGCCGCUGCCGGCCUCAACACCCUGAUGGAUCCGGCCGCUGCAGCGGCGCUGGUGGGUGGCCUCCAAGGCCUUGCCGGCGGUGCUGGAGGUAUUACCUACAACCGCCCCGCCAUUGCGGAUUGGUUGCGCCAACACGAUGCUUCCCCGGUCACCAGGCAGCCUUUGGCCAACAAGAUGAUCACUCCCAACGUGGCGCUGAGAAAGGCCAUUCUCACAGAGCUCGGAUUCGCGCCUGGACCCGCGUAG